AUGAUCAUAUGUGUCUAUACAGCUGUAGCCACUCACGAGAAUUCAGAUAACAGCUCUUCAGAUCCAGACAUUCCAGCCGCACCUUCACCAGACAUUCCAGCCGCACCUUCACCAGACAUUCCAAUCGCCCCUUCACCAGACAUUGCCAUCGUCCCUUCACCAGAUAUUCUCGCCGAAGCUUCAUCGGACAUACCAGGACCUCUUCCGCCACCGGCAGAUCUUCAAACUCCAUCAUCUUCCCAGCAGUUAAAUAGUGAAAUAUUCGUUAAGCCACAAAAUACUAUCAAGAAGAAGCGACCACUUAAACGACCAUUAGUACCUCAACAUAUCGAGAAGUCUAUUGAAACACUUAAUAGUAUCAAGGACCAAGUACUGUGUCAUAAAGAAAUAGAAGAUGAAUUCUCCCUUUUCGCCAAAAAUAUCGCCAGCCAGCUCCGACAAUUGCCCCUAAUAGAUGCUCUAGAUGUUCAGUCUGAAAUAAUAGAAAUAAUUCAUAUUCAACGUGAUGCAACAAGGCAAGAAUCAUCACAACUUGUUGUAGUAAAUGAUGCAUUACAAGAGGAAGGCAUAGAAGUUCAGAUCCAAUGUGAUGCAUCAAGCCAAGAAACAUCACCAGAAUUUGUAGUAGAUGAUCAAUUACAAGAAGCAUUCAAAAUAAUGAGAAUUAUCGCUAUUUUGCUAAACAAUAAUUAA